GUUUUUAAAGGAGCUAACCUAACUUUUCAGUGCAGAAGAGAUCUGCACUUGCUGCACUGCAAUAACUUCGGUGGCACAGUGGCAGCGCGUAGCGUGGAACAAUAACAUGCAAGAUUUCCCGUAUGCUUUAGCUAACACAAAUAAUCGUAUCGUUUUUAGUGUGAAGAAUCACUGUCGUAAGGCAUAAAGCACAUCGUAAAUAACGCCAAAUUAAGGACAGUAGAGAUAGGUACUUUGAGGCUGGUGGCUUCUGCUUGUUGUGGUUUCGCGCUACGCGCUGCCACCGACCACAAAUGGGGUGAGGUGUAUCACCUUCUCAGUUUUGUCUUAUCUGGUUCUCGUGCCAUUGCCUGUGCCAUUCCGAAAAAUGACUCUUUAAAUACUUGUUUUUGUUACUUCAGCUUAAAUUUUCUAUAUCAUUCAUUUUAUUACAAGAAGUUUUACAAUUUUCAUGUAUGUUUUGUGGACUAAUUUGCCGACCAGGCUCAGAUAAUAUUGUAGAUGAGCAUCAGAACUCUUGUCAGUUGCUAUUUGUAUGAAUGGGUUUCAGUCAGUUAUUAUUUGUAGAUGUUGUUGGAAAAAUCAGUGAGGAAAAAUUAGUUUGCUUGUUUCGAAGUAUUCCGUUAGCUUCCAUGGUGUAGUUGAUUCACUGUAGAUGUGUCUGUUAAACGCAUGUUGUAAUUGUAGUUGUAUUUUUGUUUGUUUGUUUCUGGUUGAUACAGCCUGGUUGUAUGGGCAUCGGCUUGGACUUGAGAUGUAAAUAGGCACAAAAUGAUGGUUACCGGAUAAGCAUUUGGAAGAGCUAUUGAAAUCUUUCAGUAGCAUUAUCUGCCACUCCUGUUCUGUAGGGCGGAUUUCCACAGAAGCUAUGGAUUCCGGUGCAACAUGCUGUGCGGGAGAAAGUCAGUCCAUCCACAAGCGCAGCCUUUACGAACACAAUGGUGUAGCAGUAUGCUCUCAGAAGAGAGCCCUUAUCAUAGCAUGUGGGGUGUUUGCUGUAUUAUUCAUAGUCUCUGUUGUACUUGCAACAGCUGGACCUCAGACAGAUUGCCCAUGCCUCGGAGUGAAACCAGCUGACAUUGAUGAAGAAGAUAUGCCAUUACCUCCAAGUCCAAAAAUCCCGAUAGCAACGAACAAUGAGCUAUUCCCUUGGAACAAUCCUCGGCUACCAACAUUUAUUCGUCCUAUGCGCUACAAGAUCAACAUUCAUCCAAAUCUGACCACUCUAGAUGUGAAAGGGCAAGUGACCAUCGACUUUCAAGUAGAAAAAGAAACAAACUUCAUUGUGUUUCACAGCAAAAAUUUGACAUUAACAGAGAAGCAUUUGAUCAGCAAUGCCCUACCUACUUCUCUUGACCGAAAGGGACACAGAUUGCCAAUUACAAGAUUUCUUGAGUAUCCAUCUGGGCAGCAAGUUUAUAUGGAACUUAAAGAGAAAUUGAGAAAGAAAGUCAACUACACUCUUGUUGUACGUUUUAAUUCCCGCCUUGGUCGUGAUCUUGAAGGGUUUUACCUCAGCAGUUAUGUCAACAAGCAAGGAGAAACUAAAUUCUUAGCUACAACACAUUUUGAACCAACUUAUGCUCGAUCUGCAUUUCCGUGCUUUGAUGAACCACACUUAAAGGCACGUUUUCGUAUGUCUAUAUUCCGUGAUAGAUUCCAUAUUGCAUUGUUCAACACACCUAUUGCUAAUACUGAGGAUGCAGGAUUUUACAUGGGUACAGGGCUGCUCAGAGAUGACUUUGAGGAAUCUGUAGAAAUGAGCACAUACCUAGUGGCAUUUGUUAUUUGUGAUUAUAAAAGUAUUAUGCAACAUACAUCAAAGAAUAUCACUGUGUCUGUCUAUGCCCCAACUGGUCUGCUACCUCAAGCUAACUUUGCUCUGUCUAUUGCUACACAAAUGAUGGAUCAUUAUGAAGAUUACUUUGGUGUUCCUUAUCCUCUUCCAAAACAAGACUUGAUUGCAAUUCCGGAUUUUGCUGCUGGAGCCAUGGAAAACUGGGGCCUAAUAACCUAUCGUGAGACUUCUAUUUUGUAUGAUCCUGAUGAAACCUCGUCAGCUGCCAAGCAAUGGGUAGCUAUUGUUGUUGCCCAUGAGCUUGCCCAUCAGUGGUUUGGUAAUCUAGUGACAAUGAAGUGGUGGAACGACCUGUGGCUUAAUGAAGGAUUCGCCAGCUUUUUGGAAUAUCUCGGUGUGGAUCAUGUGAUGCCUGACUGGCGAAUGAUGGAGCAGUUUAUUCUUGACAAAACCCAACCAGCACUUUCUCUAGACGCUCUGGCAACAUCACAUCCAAUAUCUGUUCAAGUUGGUGAUCCUACUGAGAUUGAGUCAAUCUUUGAUACAAUAUCUUACAAUAAGGGAGCAUCAAUCUUGUACAUGUUGGAGAAAUUUCUACAUGAAGAAAUAAUGCGCAGUGGACUCAACGACUACCUCAAUAUGCAUAUGUAUAGCAACGCUGAAACAAAAGACCUUUGGGAUGUUUUCAGUAAACAUGCUAAUCAAUCCUUGGAAGUCAAAGUUAUUAUGGAUUCAUGGACAAAUCAAAUGGGUUUUCCCUUAAUAAACCUGACUAGAGAAGGAGACAAAAUCAUUGCUACACAAGAACGAUUUUUACUAACUGAUAUCAUGAACCAUGACUUGAAUAUAACAAACAGUACCUCGAAAGAGACAUCUUCAGCCAAGUGGUAUGUUCCACUGAGCUAUUAUACUGACAAGGAAAAGGAGGCCCAAUAUGUUUGGAUGAAUCAAACUAAUGUUGAAUUUAAUAUACCAGAAAAUAUUGUGUGGUUGAAAGCAAACGUCAAUCAGUCUGGUUUUUAUCGGGUAACAUACUCCGAAGAUAUGUGGAUGUCCAUAAUUGCUGCUCUGCAUAAAAACCACUCUAUCUUUAGUGCUGCAGAUCGAGCAUCUCUUAUUGAUGAUGUUUUUACCCUUUGCAGAGCUGGAAUACUUAAUGCUACUGUGCCCUUGGAGCUGUCAUUGUAUUUAUUGAAAGAACGGGAUUAUGUCCCAUGGGCUACCGCUUUAGAACAUUUCCAGUCAUGGGCGAGGAGAUUAGCAGAAUCUUCUUCCUAUAGAAUGUUCCUAGAAUACACUAAGAGGCUCAUUACGCCUGUUUCAGAAAGUAUUGGAUGGGAAGAUACUGGUCCUCAUCUCAAAAAACUUAUGCGUUCAGAUAUUCUGGCAUCUGCUAUUUUGGCGAAUGUGGAUUCUGCUGUCAAUGAAGCCAAACCCAAAUUCCGGGCUUGGAUGGAGAAGAGUACUCGCAUUCCUCCAAACCUCCGUGAAGUUGUUUAUGCUGCCGGUAUCAAGUAUGGUGGUGUUAAAGAAUGGGAAUUUUGCUGGGACAAGUACAAUAAAUCUAGAGUGCCAAGUGAGAAGAAAUUAUUGUUGAAAGUAUUAGGAGUUUCCUCAGACCCUUGGCUACUUCAGAGGUACCUACAGAACACAUUAAAUAGAGAUUUAAUCAAACCUCAAGACAUUAAAAUUGUGCUGGCUGUUGUUGCUGCUAACCCUGAAGGAAGACUUUUAUCCUGGCGUCAUUUGAGAGCUCAUUGGAAUCAUUUCCAGGACACAUUUGGAAACAAUACUUUCACCAUGGGUGGGCUAGUGACAGCAGUGACUUCCCAUUUUGCUGCAGAAUAUGACCACAAGGAGGUAUCACAUUUCUUCCGACGAAUGGAUAUGGGUUCUGGUCAGAGGGCUCUAGAGCAGAGCCUCGAGACAAUCAUGCUGAAUAUUCAUUGGGUGAAACACAAUGACGAACCAAUAUUCAGUUGGCUGAAAAACUACCUUAGAUAAUAUGAAGCUUUACCCACGCCCCCUCCAACUCCAUCUCACCACUCAGGAACAAACAACUCGACAAAUGCUCUUCCAACAGACUCUUCCUCUGAAUCUGUCUCACUCAAGACUGACUUGAGCAACAUCUCAAGCUCUUCCAGGGACUGCAUUCAAUCUACAUCGACAUUUUGUAAUCAGGGCCAGCCUUCCAGAAGUACUAUGAAAGUGGCUUCAGGCACAUCUGCUAAUCCUUUAAAUAUUCAAACUGUGCAUAAAACUACACCAGCAUAUUUGAAGGAACUUACUGAAUCUACUCUUUCAUAUUCAACUGUAAGUACACCUCUAGAGGUGGAUCAUCCAUUCAAGGAGGCCUAUUCAACACUUCAUACUCCUGCCAAAACUAUCUCCAAAAAGCCUCUCCCUACCUCUGAAAUAGUUUACAUUAAACCUUUCUUAAAACCUCAAGGCAAUGUAAAUAAAAUUCAAUUAGACAAAAUGGUCCCUGUGGCUCCAACUAAAGCAGAACCGGGUAUUGUCAGAACAACACCUGCUUCCCGUAUUUUUUACAUCACACUGUUACCAUAUCCCAUCAAACAGUAAACUUAAGCAGCGUAGUUGGAAAGUACAUCACAGAUACAUUUGAGGAUGUUUCAGAAAUAAUUUUCUUGCAUUAGUCUGUGAAGUCCUACAUAUUUAUUGGUAUGUGUGAAUGUGUCUCUUAUUGUAAUUUCAUGUGUUUUUGUGCUAAUCUCCUAAAUUAGGAUUGAAACUAAUACUCAUGGGGCAGUGGGUAACCAAAUAACAAUGGGUGAACUUUAAGUCAUAACAGUAGCGGUAUUUCCAUUGUUUUAGUCCUUCCAAUUUUUUCAUCAUCAUUAUUAUUAACUCUGCAAAAUAAAAAUAGCUCUUAUUUUCUUGAAGUACAGUACAUAUUUCUCUCAGUGUACCUAAUAGAGUAGAAAAGAGACGAAGAUCUAUUUUUGAUCUACACAGUAGAAAAAUCAAAGAGUAUUAGGAACUUUUCACAUUUAUCACUUCUAACUAGGUUACAUAAGAAAUAAAGUUCAACAAUUAAUAUCUAUGCAAUAGAAAACUGGAUAAGUUUUAUCACUUUAGCACUAGUUACUUGAUUCAUUCUGUUGUUUAUACUUUCAUUAAAUUAUGGAUGUCAAUGUAUUUUCCUCCAAAGCUUAGUUGUAUGUCAUGGAGAUUAACGCAUAAAAAUAGAUGGAAUUUUUCCAUCCAAUAUGUAAAUUAUGUUUAUCUUUUCCACUUCCACUCCUUUGAGUCGGGCCAUUAUUCAGUAAUAUUGGCAUGUAAAUCUGAUCUGCAUUUAAGUUCUUUUCUAGUUGAAUCUCUUAAUGUACUUAAGUCCUCCUUUACUGUCAGUAAUGAAAAUGAGCCAAAUUUUAUUGUGUUCAACUAUAAAGAUAGAUGGUGGUCCUGUUUUCAACUCAUAAAAUACCAUUAUGUUUCUUGGCCUAAUAGCACAAUGUUCAGUAUUUACUUUGGAUUUUGUGAGCAUAGUCGUAUUGCUACAUGUUCAGAGUCUUUCUUGAUUCUUGCGAGACACAUACACAGGGUUUUUGCGUAAUGAACUGUGAUGUUUCUCAUACGUGUAUAAGGUGACCACCACACUUACCAGCUAAUUUGCAAGGGCUUAUUUGAUUUUUUUUUAAAUGUGAAAGGCAGAAUAUGGUUGAAUGGUUUAUGUACAGAGCAAGGAAAAGAGUGAUCAUUAGCAAUCAGGAGCAUCUUAGCAUUUGGCAUAUUUGUGUUCUCACUUGUAAAAUAUAGUUUAAACUGAAGCAUUACAACCUGAAAUGCUUACUUUUGGGUUCAGGUUUGUGUGUAAGUAUUGCUAAGAAUUUAAAAUACUAUGCAUAACAUAACAGAUUAAAUUUGUGGGCUGAUCUGGGACUGAUGAGACCAAUUCAUUGUUGUGAUUCUUAUUUCGGAAAGUGAUAAUGUUGGCUUAAUCUAAGAAAAGAUCUAAAUUUUGAAAAAAAUCUAAGAAAAGAUCUAAAUUUUGAAAAAAAUUGAAAAUUAAUUCACAGUUUUAACAGGCUUUACAUUUAGUGCUUUUUUCUUUGUCUCUAAGGAAGUGGAGGGUUCUCAAGAAAGAUCAUACGUACUGACGACAAUUUGCUGUGAGAACUCUAGACUAUUGCUAUUAUUACCCUUAGCAGAUGUUAAUUUAAGGCACUCAAUUCUCAUUGUGCCCAUCGAAAGACUUAGUACUCUAGUCAUUACAUCAAGUGCUGAUUCUAUCCUUACCAACUGUCUGAUAGCACAAACAGCAUAGAUAUUUUGUCAUGUCUUACCUUAUAUAUUAUUAGUCACCUUCAUAGUAUAUAAAAGAUUUUUUCUACUUAUUCUCAUAUUCAUCUCUUAUUUUAUUGAAUGUUUGUGAGUCUUUUUUAAUUUAUCAUGUUAUAUGUACCUGUACGCAUUGUUUUAUUUAUGUACAACAAAGUGGUGUGGUUGUGUAUAUUCCUGCCGAAAAUUUAGCUGUCUGGAUUCAUACUAAAUAACACACAUGUUCUUUUGGUUUUUCACCAUCAUUUUUACUUUUUAAAAUUUAUGUGCACUUGUUAAGUUGUGAACUUUUAAACCAUGUAUACCAAUUUUUUCCCUUAAAGUCAACUCUGACUUUGACUUUACUUGUUCCUUCCAAUCCAACAUACUUUUACACAUGGUCCUCUGGGGUGGCAGGUAUUUUUUUAAAUUUGCCUACUGUGCAAAGGAUCAACAUAUCAAAGCUUUAAGGGAAUCAGGAAUAUUUACUAUUAUUUAAAGACUUAUUUUAUUUUAGUGUUUAAUCUUUUCAAGUUGUUUUAUUGAGCAGUGUAAAUGAUAUUGUUAAUCUUACCAUGUUUGCAUGUCAUCCAUUCUUUGUAAUUGUGAUUGUAUUUUUAACUCUACCUAUGUUGAAUUGAUCCUGGAUUAGAUGUGGUAAGUUAUUUGAUUUCCAUACUCUGAACACCAUACCACAAUGAUAAGUUUAGUGAAACUUUGGAGUUCAUAAUACAUCAAAAUUACAGAUGAAUUCCAGGAUCAAUUCUGCAGUAGUACCAAAUAUGGAGCCUAUUUAUUUGGUACAUCAUUCUUUUGCUGUAAUGCAGUACCCUGGCUGUACUAUGUCUAGGACUGUUUUUCCCCCUUUUGUUUGAUUGUUUGCCCUUAUAAAUGCUUGGCAAAAAAUAUCAUGUCUUAAGAGAUUUGUACCUUGUGAAGAAAGGAAAGUUAUCACUUUUUUACAUCUGAUUAUUCUCCUUUUAAAUUUGAAGUUCUCAUCUCUUUGUGUUUUGGUAGGAUAAGGUUUUGCUAAGUAUUGAAAUUCUAGUCAAACAUUUGCUGUAUUUCUUGUUUAUCAAAGGAAUAAAUUGAAUUUGUUUCAUAGUGCA